AUGUCCGGCCGGAGCCCCGGGCGCGGCCUGCCGCUGCCGGCCGCGGCGCUGCCCGCCGGCGGCCGCCCGCACCCCUUCGGCAGCGGCGCCGAGGGCGAGGGCGCUGAGGAGGAGGCGGAGGUGUACGAGCUGCGGCCCCGAGGCAGGGAGAAGGUCCGGAGGAGCACGUCCAGAGACCGGCUGGAUGACAUUGUCUUACUGACGAAGGAUAUACAAGAAGGGGACACUCUGAAUGCGAUUGCGCUUCAGUAUUGUUGCUCAGUUGCAGAUAUCAAGAGGGUUAACAAUCUUAUCAAUGAUCAAGACUUUUUUGCCCUGAGAUCUAUCAAAAUUCCAGUAAAAAAGUUCAGUGUACUGACUGAAACACAUGUCUCUCCAAAAGGAAGAACACUUCUACGGCCUGCUCACUGUUCCCCGGAAGUGCAGGAAACAUCACCUUCUGAUAAAUUCUCUGCUAAUGAGACUGCUGGGAACUUCUUAAAAGAAGUAGAUCGUGAUAUAGAACAAAUAGUGAAGUGUAAUGAUACAAAGAGAGAGAACCUUAAUGAAGUUGUUUCUGCCUUAGCAGCCCAACAGAUCUGUUUUGAAACAGAUGGUAAAACUAAAAAAUGCAAAGAUCCUUAUUAUGGAGCAGAUUGGGGUAUAGGAUGGUGGACAGCUGUAGUGAUUAUGUUGGUUAUUGGCAUAGUAACUCCAGUUUUUUAUCUUCUGUAUUACGAAGUUUUAGUGAAAGCAGAUGUCAGUCACCAUUCUACAAUGGAAUCUUCCCAUUCAGGUAUCACAGCACCAUCACAUCAGAAGCAAAUAGAAAAUGGAAUAAAUUCAGCAAAUAUUAUAAAUGCUAAUCAAGGAUAUAAAUGAUAAUCAAGGAGAGCUUCAGCAUUAUGACUGAAAGCCCCAGGCAGCUGUUAUUCAUGGACACAUAAUAUGGCAUAAGAUGAAGAGGAAACCACAGAAUGCAGAGUGCAUCGGAGUGCAGAAAAAGUAUUUUACUGAUUUAUGAUUUGUCUUUAUGAGCAGUGUUCCAUUAUAUGGAUGCUUGUGUGGCUCAUGUAAUCUCUGAAUAUGCCUAAGGGUUAGGGGGCUUUUAAUGCAAGAUUGGAAUACAAGUUAAGGUAUAAAAUGGUCUCUGAACCUUUGCACUUGUUUCUAUUUUGAUAAGCUUAGGUUUUCUAGUUAAUGACAAAGUGAGAAAGUGUAUUUUCAACUAACAUAAAAAGACUCUUACUCUACCUUUUACGACCCUAAAAUGGGUAUUUGGGGAUGUCUAACUUUUAAAUGUGUUCAAGUAUUUAUAUGGUGCAUAGUGCACUUGGCAUCUUAAGAUCAAGUUUACAGUUAUCUGUUAAAACUGCAUUUUCAUUUUAUCUUACUCUGUCAGAAAUAGGAUGAAACAAUCAUUCCAUAAUUAACUGCCACUAUAAAGUCCCCUUUCUGUUAAAAAUGAUUUUUUUUGUAGAGGCAGGAGCUAAUACUUAAACUGGAGUCUUUUCAGUUUUGUGCCUGUCAUCAGCCCAUUUUUUAAUACUUUUUUCAUACAGGUGAUAGGCUAAUUUGAUAACUGUAUAUGAUACUGUGCCUCAACUCAGUCCAGUUGAGACAGUCUUAUGGAAAGCUCAUCACCUUCUCCAUGGUUCUACUGAAAACUGACUUGACUGGACUCAUCUUCUGGUCAGCUGUAUAUAAGAUGAAAUAAGUGAAGAUGCAUGGCACCUCAUUCUGACUGCUUCAUUAGUCUUUUAUGCUAAUAGAAUAAUUUUCUUCAUCUCCAGCUAAUCUUGGUUCAGGAGCAACUGAUUUUUCAGACAGCGGUCAUCUGGGGUUCUGAGUAUGUUAAUUGUCAUGCAUCCCUGAGCACCAAUUUUUCCUGAAGCCUACCCCAAAACUCCAAAUGAGAUUUAACAGCUGAUAGCCAGAAACCUAAACUGCAGCAGAAUGCAGCAGUUGUAGCUUCAAACUGUUCUUUAGUUAGUAUUGUCUGUCAACCACUCUUUUGUUUCCUGGAAAUGCCACUGUAUUAAAAAAAAAAAAAAAAAAAAAAAAAAAGUUUUUUCCUAUAUAAAGAAGUAGCAACUGAGAUGCCUAUAAUCUUCUAUUUCCCUUGUGGAAUAAAAUUUCCAUUUUCCUGUUCAAAGCCCAAGUUAACUGACUUAAGACUAAAUUCAUAAGUGGUAUUAUUCCUUUUUAACUCUACUAUAAACUCUCCUUCAAGUGUCUUGACCAAGUAUACAAUAUAAAUACCUGAUAAAGUGAAUUUCUUAAAUGCUGGAGGUAUUUCAAAGUGCUUUAUCAACUUAAAUUUUGAAAGUAAAGACUCUUGCUCCUCCUGUUGUUUUCUGCCCUCUCCCAGAGGACUGGGGGCAAAUAUUCUUCAUUGGCAUGCUGAGUAAGUAUAUGAACAGGAGUCUGGUACUUUUGAUGUAUUUUAUUGAAGCUGAAGUAGAUCAGCUUGAAGAGAAGAUAUGUACAGUUGGACCUGUGAAAUAUUUUUGUUGCUGUUGAACCUUUUGAUCAAAGUGGUAUUCCUAGAGAUAGCAUAACUGCUCAUAGUUUUUACACUAGAAGAGAGAUUCUGGAUGGGCAUGAACUUUGUUUCAUGACACAUUUUUCAGAAAAAAAAAAAAAACUCUUUCCAUGAAAAGAAUAUUCUAAUAAUACAAAUGUGAAUGAUGAAGUACCAGUUCUUCUCAAGGCUGUAUGAGGAAAACAUUGCAAAAUUUAUGGUGACUAUUGUGAUAUAGCUUCUAUGUUUAAAACUUUAAAAGAAGUGAACUUUAGAAACUUGUGACUUGCUGUAGGCCAAACAGACCUUUGGCACAUUAAGACAAAUGUUUUCUAUGUAAGGUUGGAACUGUGGACAUAAUGUGUAACUUUUUGUGCUGCAAACUUUUUUGCUGGUUUUUGUCCUUUAUUCUUCCAGACUGUUUCUGAAAUCUCAUAAAGCUUUUAAUACUUUAUUCUCUCCUUCCCUAUACAACAUCAACAUGAAAUUAGGCUUAUGCUGCAUAUUCAAUCUAGUUAAUUUACUACACAUACCUGUGUGGGCAAGUAUUGCAUUGCCACCAAUUUGGAAAUGAAUUUAACUUCAGCUGUGGUUUGAUUCCACCAGCCUUAUUCUGUUUAUCUGCAAGCAAAGAGAUCCUUUGUUAACGGCUGCUUUUUGUCCUGUGGUGUGACAACUGAGCAGUUCUUUAGUGUGUCUUAGGCUUUGGGUUUUUCUGUGUACUAAGAGAAGGCCUGUGACUUAUUGUCAGUGAGUUAAAAGCAUGAUGGACCUUUCUAUACUUCCUGGCAAACAGCCAGUAGAAAAACACAGAGGGAAAGUAGUUUUGUUUAAUAAUACUGUAUUCUGAUCAAGAGUCUAGCAUGUUUUUAUGUAGUGUAUUUUACAUAGCCUAUUUUUGAAAGCAGAAAGUUAAGAGAAAAUACAGCAAGUCUCUUUCCAAGAAUGAGGUUUUUGGUAAUAGUAACUCAAGCAUCAGCUGGAUUUGCUUUGUGGGAGAUGCAGGGACCUUUACUGCCUUUUUCGAACUACACAACUGGUAGAACGCAUCAUCUGUCAGCUCUGAAUAAAGAGGAUAACUGCUCUAUAUGGAACUAAACUUUGAUUUGUAAGUUGAUUCUAAAGUCUUAGAAACUGACUUGUAAAAAAAGUGAAUUGUUUCAGAUUAAUUACAACACAUUGUUGAACAAAUGUUGGGUUUAAAUUUAAGUGCAUAUUGCACUGUUGCAUUGUGUAAAAAUGUAAAUGCUUAAAUCUGCUAUAUUUUGGAGUAUGUUGUCAAAUAGUCUUUGUAUAACUAUUUUAUAAAGUUUCAAAAUGUAUCUUUGUAGAGUAAUCCUGAAUGAGGAUGCAAGUCUUAUUUAAAAUACUUCUGUAUCUCUGCUUUUAGAAGAAUGUAAUAUAAAAUAAAGAUUUUAUUUUAGACUGCAGCGAAAGUGGUGCAUAUA